CGAUUAGGCUCAGAAACAAAUGUUUUUUUUAUUAUUUCAGAGGUUUCCUUCUGUGCGUGAUCUCAACGAAAUCAUAUUGAGAGUAUGAAACAGAAACAUUUUUCAUGUGACGCUUUAGCUCUUCCCCAAACACCCCACUGCGGCUGCCGGACAGGACAUCCGGUGGGUCCGGGUGGAUCCGGUACACCGGACAACCGGCCGUCGUCUGUCUCGCUGCGGCGUCGAGCAGAGCCGGUGAAGCGGUAAAGGAGCGGCGACGUCCCGUCGAGGCUUUUCGUUGCCUCGCCUUCAUGUUUAAUCCAACAUACAUGUACGUGUUACGUGUUUCACCCGGACGCUACGUGCAGUCCGCUCUGUUACUAGCCGCCUGCUAGCGCGCUAGCAUUAGCCACCUGUCACCACCCGACGCCCUGAAUGGGACUGAGUCGGACCUGAGGCGGCAGAGACGCGUUUCCAGGUUCGAUGCCCGAGCGCGGACCCAGGAUGAACGGCUUCUCCCUCGGCGAGCUGUGCUGGCUCUUCUGUUGUCCGCCGUGUCCCAGUCGCAUCGCGGCCAAGCUCGCGUUCCUGCCCCCGGAGCCCACGUACUCGGUGCACAGCGACGCUAACGGCUUAACGAGCCUACGCCUGACGGAGCGGGCCGACUGGCAGUACUCCCAGCGGGAGCUGGACGCGGUGGAGGUGUUCAGCACCAGGAGCAGCCGCGGCAACCGGAUCGGGUGCAUGUUCGUCCGCUGCGCCCCGAACGGCCGCUACACGCUGCUGUUCUCUCACGGAAACGCGGUGGAUCUGGGACAGAUGUGCAGCUUCUACAUCGGCCUCGGCUCGAGGAUCAACUGCAACGUGUUCUCCUAUGACUACUCGGGCUACGGAGUCAGCACCGGGAAGCCGUCCGAGAAGAACCUGUACGCCGACGUCGAGGCUGCGUGGCAGGUGCUGCGGAACAAGUACGGCGUCACACCUGAGAACAUCAUCCUGUACGGACAAAGCAUCGGCACCGUGCCCACCAUCGACCUGGCUGCUCGCUACGAAUGUGCUGCUGUCAUCCUCCACUCGCCGCUCAUGUCGGGGCUGAGAGUGGCCUUUCCCGACACACGCAAGACCUACUGCUUCGAUGCCUUCCCCAGUAUUGACAAAGUGUCCAAGGUUGCGUCUCCGGUGCUGGUGAUCCACGGCACAGAGGACGAGGUGAUUGACUUCUCCCACGGCUUGGCCAUGUACGAGCGCUGCCCGCGUGCCGUCGAGCCCCUGUGGGUGGAGGGAGCCGGACACAACGACAUCGAACUUUACGCCCAGUACUUGGAGAGACUCAAACACUUCAUCUCUUUUGAGAUUCCUUCUUCCUGAGGACAGUCCUCCUGGUCGGGGCCUUCACAGCGGUGGUUCAUUGUCUUGUUGUGGAUGAAAGUGGAGGCAGAUGUCGCUGGUUGUGACUGUGGAUGGUGGACCAGCUGGGAUUCCUUUCCUUGCCACCUUCUAUUCACUGUGUUUGACGUCAUCAGGAUCAGGUCAUCACCUAGUGUUUUCCCUAAUGUCCUUUGAUUUUAUUUGGGUAUUUGCAGUGUUCAACAUUGAUUUUUUUUAUACAGUGAAAUUUGCACUGAAUGAAUGAAGUUUUUUACUUUUCCUGUAUCUUAGGUUACUGUUCGUGGUUGAUUAUUUGCACUAUGGAUGUGCAGUUGUUUUCAGGUAAUUCAGUUUCAUUCUGUAUUUUAGAUUUUUUUUAAUUCCAUGUUUUUCAUAACUGCACGUCAGAUAGAAGUUUAUUUCAGGAGUGUGUUUGAUGAAAUGUUUGCUUUCACAAGUGCAGGUGCAGCAUUAGUGAACUGAAGCAGGUGUGACUUUGCUGCACAUCUGCCCUGUGUACAUGUGAUCCCAGUUCUAAUACAGCUGCUCCCUCACUGAUGAGACGACACCUCCAAGAAACAGACUCGUUUACAACAUGGCCUUACAGCCACAAUAGCAAUUGAACAAGGUGUUUACUUCAUAAUUAAAGGUACAGGUAGAGUGGUCUGAUUGUCGCUGUAGAGCUCCAGCAGCUCAUUGUUUCCACACACAGGGUGAGGAUGUGACGCUGUGGAUUCAUAUUGUUACUGCUUCCAGCUUCCAGUGUCCAGCAGGCUAACACCUGCUGCUUUAGGUCAACGGAUCAGCGCCACAGUCUGGUACUGGGUGCUGUGCUGUGCAGUACGCGAGUCCAACUCAGCCGGUCUUAUAGAAGGAAGCAGUGGAUCAGUGGCCCACGGAGCGUUUGAUUCCCGGUUCCUCGUGUCAAAGUGUCCUUGGGCUGAACGCUGGACCCUGGUGACCCAUCACACCAUUUACUAAUUUCUGCCAUGGUUCUGUCUCAUCCACUGUGGAACCGUGCACGCGCAUCGUCUUUUGUAGAGCUCGUGUGAACUUCUAUCGACUAAUUGUUGCCUCCAGCAAAUGGAAAAACGAAAAACUUUAAAUAGAAACAAAAAAGGUAAUGGGAAAACAAAGGGAUUGUGAUCAUCUGAUCACGUGCUGAUAAUUGUGAUCAUCAAGCCUCAGCAUUUUUCCUGUGUUUAUCAUUUUCAAGGUUGUCUUGUCUUAAUGUAGGUAGAUUUACACCGUGUUUAUUCUCUGUAUAGGUACGUUCUCUCUAUUCACAUUAGCUGAGUUGCUUUGAACUCACAAUAUGCAAAUGAAACGGUUUUGUAAUAAUGUGUAAAACAGACUAAAUGAGCCUUAAACAUGCUGUGAGCCUAUUUGUAAUGCAGGUGGUUUAAUGCAUAUGAUGGAAUAAAGGACGUGCAUGGA